GGUCGCCCCGCGGAGAUGAGGCCCGGCCUGGCGCCCUGCGCGGCCGCCCUGCUGCUGGCGCUGCUGGACUUCCUGGCGCUGCGCCUGGCCUGGCGGGCGUGGCGGCCGCCCGGGGGCAGCGCGCUGGGCCUGGCGUGGGGCAUCGGCCUGCUGCGCUGGGCCCUGCUGAGCCUCUCGGCUUGCGCGGCCGGCCGCUGCGCGGGGAUCCCCGCGUGGCUCAGGGGCGCCCUGCUUCCCGCGGCCGCCCUCCUCGGCCUCCUGGUGCCCUGCUACGCCACGCUGCAGCUCCUGCUCCUGCCCAGAGGGGGCGCCCUGGAGCUGGCGCACGGCGGGGGCAGGACGGACGUCCUCGCCCUCAGCUACCUCAUUGUGGGCGUUGUGGCCCCGCUGUGGGGUCACCUCGUGCCCCAGAAGCGGGGUGAGGAGGUGAAGAAGCCCAUGGCAUCCUUGGGGCGCCUCUUGUCUAGCUUGAGGCCCGAAGCGUUGCCGUUUGUGGGCAUCAUUGGAUUCCUGGUGGUCUCGUCCUUGGGCGAGAUGGCGAUCCCAUACUACACGGGACGGGUGACUGACUGGAUUUCGAGCACACACAAGUCUUCCGCCUUCCAUCAAGCUCUCUGGAUGAUGUCUUGGUUCACCAUCGGCAGUGCUGUGACGGAGUUUCUCUCCGACCUACUCUACAACACCACGAUGAACCGGUUCCAUGCCCACCUCCAGAGCUCCAUCUUCAGGUCUAUUCUACACCAAGAGAUUGGCUUCUUUCAUGCCAACCGAAUAGGCGACAUCACCUCCCGCGUUUCCUCCGACACGGACGCGAUGAGCGAGGCCCUCACCGGGGACCUCAGCCUGCUGAUGUGGUACCUGAUAAGGGUCACUUUCCUCUAUGGGAUGAUGCUGUGGCUGUCGGUGCCCCUGGCCUUGUUCAUCACCGUGCUGCUGCCCUUCAUCCUGCUGGUGCCCAAGCUGACUGGGAGAUUUCACCAGACCUUGGCACAGGAGGUCCAGAGGUCCUUGGCCAAGGCCAACGAGGUGGCCGUAGAGACCUUCCAAGCCAUCACCACCGUCCGCAGCUUUGCAAAUGAAGAUGGGGCUGCGCGGCAGUACGAGGAGAAGCUGCAGGAGACCUACAAGCUCAACAAGUGGGAGGCUGUGGCCUACGCCAUCUCCAUGUGGACUAGCAACCUCUCCAGCCUGGCGCUCAAGGUGGGGAUUCUCUUCUAUGGAGGCCGCCUUGUCACUCUGGGGCAUGUGACCAGCGGACAGCUUGUUACGUUUGUCCUUUAUGAGAUGGAGUUCUCCACAGCGGUGCAGGUCCUCCUCUCCCUUUACCCCAAUGUGCGCAAAGCUGUGGGUUCAUCUGAGAAGGUUUUCGAAUACAUUGACCGGACCCCCAAGAUCCAAUCCACAGGGACGCUGGCACCCGAGAAUUUACGGGGACACGUUGUGGUGAAGGAUGUCUCGUUCAGCUACCCCGACAGAGACAAUUCCCUUGUGUUGAAGGGGGUUUCCCUGGAGCUGUGCCCUGGCAAAGUGACUGCCCUGGUGGGCCCUUCCGGGUCAGGAAAGAGCACCCUCGUGGCCCUGCUGCAGCGGUUCUACGAGCCCCAGCAGGGCCAGGUGCUGCUGGAUGGCGAAGAGCUGGGCGAAUACGAGCAUCACUUCCUGCAUCGGAAGGUGGCGCUGGUGAGCCAGAAUCCAGUGCUCUUUGCCCGGCCCUUGCGCAGCAACAUUGCUUAUGGCUUGGAGAAGGAAAACGAAAAAGUUACGAAAGAAGAAAUGGACAGGAAAGUGGUGGAGGUGGCCCAGCGAGUAGGAGCUGAUAAGUUUAUCACCAACAUGAGCAACAGCUACGACACGGAUGCUGGGGAAAUGGGGGGCCAGAUCUCCGGGGGCCAGAGGCAGGGGAUCGCCAUCGCCCGGGCUCUAAUCCGAGACCCCAAAGUGCUGAUCCUGGACGAUGCCACCAGCGCCCUCGACACAGAGAGCCAGCAGCAGGUCGAGAAAGAGAUCUAUGAAGGGGCGGCGCGUAGCGAGCGUGCCGUCCUGCUCAUCUCUCACCGCCUCCACAGCGUAGAGCGUGCCAAUCUCAUCCUGGUCAUGGAAGACGGGGAGAUCAAGGAGAGGGGGACCCACCCGGAACUGAUGGAGAAGGGGGGAGCCUACUGGCAGCUGCUGCAGAAGCAGCAGAAUGGAAACAACGGAAGCAAUCACAGCCCUGCGAAUGCGGGCAACAGCCUGCUGUAACCAUUUCGGAAAGAAUGGGGGAUUCUCGGUGAGACUCUGAAUGGGGGAUUCUCGGUGAGACACCCAUCGCCGAUGGUGGAGCUCAGUUAGCCUUAGCGAAUGCGGGAGAUCUGAUGAAACACACUGUCUGUUUUCACGGCCUUUCAGUAAUCUUAAUGCUUAUAGCAACACACUCCCCAGCCAGCCCUGCCUGUGAGGGGUAAACGCUCUUGAAAAAGCUGGCGCCAGGGGUGGGGUCUCCACAGAUAGUGCUCCAACCAGUACAUACUUUGGAGGCUUCUAAACAACUGAGAAGAAAUCUGUUUAUUUAAUGUUGAAUAUGCUGCUGUCUUCGCAAAGAGGCCUCAGUCCCAUGAUCCUCUUGGACUAAAUGUCUCCUUUAAUUCAUCCUGCUAGAGAGGAUUUCGCUGCUCUGGUCAUCCCUGGACCAUAGAGUCAAAGAGCAGCAGAACUGGAGUGGCCCAUGAAGGCCACUGGGUCCAACCGGCAUUCAGAGCAGGACCCCAAGUUAAAGCCAAGUUUGCUCCUGUUCCAGAGCCAGCUCUACCAUUGACAAAGUGCCUCAAGUGGAAGAUACUUGAAAGACAGAGAAUGGGGAUAAAGGAUAAAUGCAGUUUGAUGCAAGCACAUUUUUGUGCGUCUGACUGCAAAAUGCCUUGGGCUGGCUGCAUGCUGGUCCUUCUCCCCCGUUUUCAGCUAGCUAACAUUUGUGCAAAUGUAUUGCAUUGGGGGAACAGGCUUAGCUGAGACGGGGCCUUUUUUGUUGUGGUACUCCUCUUUUGCAACUGCCCCCUGCUUAUAUUUUCAGUCCUGGAGGAAGACUUUUCUAUUCUGUGCUGGCUUUCAUUGUUUGGUUGUACUGUAGAAAAUUUUGAAGGUAUUGUUUCCAAUUCUGUAAACAGUGUAGAAGGCCAUGUGUGUGAAAAAUCAGGGUGUUGAUGCUUACCAUUGAUUUAGGUGUGUUCCUAAAGGCAGAGCUCACGGGCUUUGUGAAGCUGAGUGCAGACCAAAGAUCCCACUAUCUUUGGAAGCCUCCUUAUCCCUUGAAUCCCAACGGAGCCCCCAGAAGUGCAGUGCCUCCCGGAAGAAUAAGCGCACACGUCUCAGCCGUUUUCCUUGUCUUCACCUGGGUAUUCUUAAGGACAAAUUCCAUUUUGUACUUUGCGUAAAUAUAGAGGCAUUCCCUAAAAUGCAGGCAGAUCACGUCUGGCUAUGCUAGUUGUUCUUUCUUUUUGUAUGUCUAUAAAUUAAAACGAAUUCUUACUUUGAA